AUGGACAAGGAGAUGCAACAGCUGUGGCGUAAUUUUACACUUGUUGAGGAUGAGAGUCUUGAAGUUCAUCUUCUGGAUCAGGGAGAUGGUGAUUUGGGGGAGAGAGGAAAGUUGUGUAUCUUUGGUAAAGUUCUGUCAGUGAAGCUUUACAAUAAGAUGGAUUUCAAAACUGCAAUGAAAAAGUUCAAUAAUAUGUUGGACAAGAAUAGAGUUCUUGAAGGGAUGCCAUGGUCCUUUGAUAACCAUUUAGUUAUGUUGAAAGAUUAUGAUGAUUGCCUCAUUUUUUGUUAUUGCUGUGGACGGUUUGGCCAUGGGAAAAGAGAAAGUCCGUCAAGACUGGAUUCAUCAAUCCUAGUUAUGAAAGGACCGGUGCAGUUUGGGGCAUGGUUGAGGGCUCCAGUGGGUAAAGGGUUGAAGAGUACAACAGGCCAAAAGGUCGAUGAUGAUAAAUUACUGGUGGUAAAGAACUGCGGCAUUUCUCUGGAGGGUGGACUAGAAUCACUGGAGCAGUCUCACAAAAUUAGGAAAGCGGUGAAUGAGCCGAGUAACUUGGGAGUGAAUGACUCAAUAUUCGGAGUGGAAGAAAUUCCUAUUAUAGAGAGCAUAAGUGGAAGGCAGAAUAUAGAAAGUGGAAUGGCAGGGGAACUAAUGGGGCCUUCAAUUAACUAG